UUUGCUCAGCCUGCGUGUCGCCAUGUUGAGGUUAACAUCAUCGCUACCUUUAAUUGUUUCUUAUGUCCUUCAGAUCAAGGCAAAUAUGUUGGGUCCAGGUGUGUGGUCGCUGACGAGUUUAGAUAAAUGUUCUAUAGAGUUAAAAGAGGAAAUUAUAACACUUGAUCUCUACAAGCACAAACUGAAUCGCACACACGACGGAAUCUCCGCCGAUGGCGAUUUUCUGAACGACAUCGGUGAUAAUUAUGGGGCACUUGUGGAAAUAUGUAGGUUUGUCGACGGAGGAUGCAAGCCAUCCCAGGUGCUCUCAGACAACAGCGUAGCGAACAUGAUUCGACAAUACGGCAGCAAAGAGAAUAUUAUUAACGCGCUUACAUUAGCUAACAUUGACCCACCGGAGUUUCCGAUCCCAAAGGGAAAAUAUCACGUAGAUGAUUUCAUGAUUGAUUAUUGUAAACUGCCCCGGGAUGGUUUUUACGGUAAAUUCGAAGGCGUAGGGUAUUUAAUGCGCGGAUCUGACAAAGUCGGCUGCAUCAAAAUGGUUAUGGAAUUCAAUAAAUUCGAUGAUGACAACUCGUGUGAUGAUUGAUGGUUUCUAGCGUUUUUGAUAAAAAUUUUUAUUAUAUUUUAUUGUUUCAGUAACUAAUUUUAUUGUUUAUAUGUAAGUUGAAAUAAAAG